GCUGGCUGUAGGAGUGAGUGUAGACGUUCGCGUGUCGGGUCGUGUGGACUUGGGUGCAAAGGAGCCGUGUACCCCACGAGGGAGGCUGCGGCGAAAAAGAGCUGCCGACCAACGUGGGGGAAAGGGGCGGAUGUGACACCCGUCGUUGACGUCAUCAGAGCGCACCGGAAGGGCCGCAGAAUGAAGAAUAUAAUCUACCAUGGCCUACCUCAGAAAGAGGAGAAAGAAGGGGACGUUGAGCACCUGGGAGCCCAGCGGGCCGAGGCUUUCGUGAAGGCCUUCCUGAAGCGGAGCACGCCUGGCAUGAGCCAGCAGGCCCGGGAGAACCAGCUGCAUCGCAAGGCCGUGGUCCUGGAGUACUUCACCCGCUGGAAGAAAAAGGACAAGAAGAAGAAAUCCAAAGGCCUGUCUGCCAGGCAGAGGAGGGAUCUGCGGCUCUUUGACAUCAAGCCAGAGCAGCAGAGGUACAGUCUCUUUCUCCCUCUACAUGAGCUCUGGAAGCAGUAUAUCCGGGACCUGUGCAACGGUCUCAAGCCAGACACGCAGCCCCAGAUGAUUCAAGCCAAGCUGUUAAAGGCAGAUCUUCAUGGAGCUAUUAUUUCAGUCACAAAAUCCAAAUGCCCCUCCUAUGUGGGCGUCACAGGAAUCCUUCUACAGGAAACAAAGCAUGUCUUCAAGAUUAUCACCAAGGAAGAUCACCUGAAAGUUAUCCCCAAGCUAAACUGUGUAUUCACUGUGGAAAUAGAUGAUUUUAUUUCCUACAUUUACGGGAGCAAAUUCCAGCUGCGGUCAAGUGAGCGGUCUGCAAAGAAGUUCAAAGCGAAGGGAACUAUUGACCUGUGAGCGCCGUGCUGCCUGUAGCAGCUGAGAACCGGAAACGCCCCAAACGCCCACCUUCCAGUCAGGAUACGACCCUGUCCCGCUUGCGGAAAUGAGAGUUAAGGACAUUUAGUUAAACGAUGGGGGACGCCACGCAGAGUAUGGAGGGAGAAAGGGAAUGGAGGAAUUCCUGUUUCUAGGUGGUCUCCAUUCUGCAUUGUCCCCAUGGAGAGUGAAGACUGACUGACUGGAAGCCUGGGGUUCUUAGGGUCCUUAUACUUCAUAUUGCCCUGUGUCUUAUGGAGAGUCAGUUGUUUCAUAGUGAAACAUUCACGUUGACAUAAACAGACUGGAAGUAAACAAGUCUCCUUGCUAUUCUCAACUCCAGCCUGGAAGGGAAGAGAACCCAAAGUUGCCACCGGAAUGGUGCUUUUUGCCAUGUCUGGAAUCACCUCCCACCAGGCACCGUGUGUCAGGGUGGCUGCGCAUGUCUGACAUACUUCUCCAAACCCUUCCUGCUCCUGAGCUCUCGACCUAGUUAGCCACAGUUUACUUUGCUGUUUCAGAAACGGAUUAGAGGCUAGGUGGCUUGGGCUUGGUCACCUCAGGAAUUCGAGCCGAGAUGGGCCAAAUAGACAAGGUGCCAGGUCUAGUUUGUGCUCAUCACUGGUUGUUCUGCUACAGGCAGAAGGAGCAAAACCCCAGAGGUGGGCCGCCUGUAAGAAAGCCGGGUGCUGCAGCCCUUCACAGGGUGGCUUGCUAGGAGAGCCACAGUCCCCCGGAGUAGCACUUUUUCACAUCUUGGUUCUGUGUGGCUUUUUCAGUCUUGCUCUAGCUCCGUGUACCAAUGUGUCUGUAAGGCUGGUAGACGAGGCCCUUUAGUUCAGGAUCAACGUGAAAACAGGUCAGGGACGGAAUGAGGUCUUUGGGUGAACCACAGUGGUCAGAAACAUGGCUCAGAAGGGCCACUGGCCCUUACCUUUGAGAAACAGGUGUUUGCCAGUCCUGCAGGCACGGCUUCUCUCACAAGCUUUUCCUCAUAAUGCAAGAAGCAGUGAUGCCAGAGGCUUUGCAGUCCCAGCAUCUCUCGCUCAGGUUCCCCACUGAAGAGGACACACUGGGCAGAGAAGGGAUGGGACAGCCCUGAUGUUUUUGUUGGCAGGAGAGCAGGGAGGCCCAGCUGUACCGCUGUACUUCCUCAGGGCCCAGUGUGUACCUGGAGGGUUGCCCUGCCUCCAUCUGUGCAUGGUGUCAGCUGCUCCCCGGGUGUCCCCAAGGCAACUCGGUGCUGCCCCGACUUAGCACACAGGCAUUGCUACUGGGGUGCAGGUGGAGCUCAGACUUCAGCAUCACCUGGGACAUGAUCUCGUGGUUCAACAACUGCACUGUGGAGUGAGGCCCUCAUUUUGCCAGAUACAGACUGCAGGCACUGUCUUCCCAAGG